AUGAGGCACAUAGCCGACUCGCCUCCCGCAUGUUGGCCUAUGACCACAGUUAUUGUCUACAACAGGUGUUGGGCCAAACAAAUCCGGGAAAUGGGGUUGGCGCCAGCUUUCCCGAACAGCCAGCCGUGGGUAUCUCCCGCCCUUCACCAACCAGCGCUUGGUUCAGGCAUUCACCCGUUCACUACAUUGGCACGAUCUCGGCCUGGCACUGGCCAUGCUCUAGCAGAUGUACGCCGGUGGACAGGCUUGUACGUGGAGGUUGCGAACCGCCAACACGGGGAAUCUAGCCGCGUCUUGAUCUCUACCUGUGGGAUAGUCAACCACGCAUAUCACGCCAAGAGAGAUACGACGGCUGACAAAGCCUGGGUGGAGGUGUCGCCUACGUACGACUCUUGCUUGACACACCCGUUGAACCUACAUUCGAAUGUCAGAGCUCUGUGCCAGAGAAGUUCCUGCCUCUUUUUUCAGGGAUGGGAUCAAGGAUCGAGGGCGGUGGCUAAGCCGAUACAACCUGGAUUGCAACAGGCAAAGUGUCUUUCUCCAAUCAUGUCUGAGGGCCAUACACAGUCGAACUGUAAGAGUGGCGGUGAUUAG